AUGUUGGCAGCACAAUAUUUCGUACUACAUGUGUAUGGCCAAGAACAACAAAAGCAGUAUUAUAUGGCAAUGACACCAGAACAAGUUCAAGCCUUGAAUGAUUGUUAUUACCAGGAAUUCAUGUAUAAACAGCUACUGGAGCAGAAGAAACAAGAAUGCCUGCAAAGUCCACAGAAAAGCAGAAAUAUGGAUGAUGGCCAAUUCUUCACAUCUUUCUUAUAUUCUGAAAACUCAUUUCUAACACCAUGGAGUUGGAAUCCUGAUCAACCUCCUCGUACCGAAGAAAACCGGCGUAUGAUGUUCCAACCUGUGCAUGCUAAAAUGCCAUCUGCGAGGAUUAAAGAGGAAGAAUGUUCCAGGCAGGAGGAAGAUUAA